UGUGUGGUCACAGUCGGCAGAGCCACCCGAAGAAUCUGGGACCCUCUUGAGUUUCACUAGCUAGCCAUAGUCAACAUAAAACACUUCGAAAACAUCCCCCAUGUCCAGCCCCGGGUCAUCUGGGAAAGAUUUUACCUACAGUGGUUCUGGCACAAACAGCCAGGGCAACCACUGGUGCUCCCGUGACUACGGAACUGGCUCCCACUCCAACGGCUACGGCCAAGGAGAUGCCUACCACUACAGCAAUCGGGAUGGCUCUUACUACUACUCUAACUCGGACGGAAGCACCUACUACAACAACGGCAAAGGUGACUCGGUUUACACCCCUGCUAGCGAGAAGAAGUAGGUCAACAACUCGACCGAAGAUUGUCUCAACUCAGCACCGAGGAGAAAGCCAUUAGAACGAUGAUUUGGGUGGGCUUGGUCUUUUGCUGUUGCAGUAACGUGUUGUGGUGUUUAUCCGGAAGCCAUCUCUUCUUCCCGGUUUUAGC